AUGGCCGCUGACGCGCCAGUGAGGGGGGUCUCACCGGCGCGGCGACGGUUCGCCGUCGCUGGACCGGAGCCUUCUGCGUCCUCUUUGUCUGUCUCCUCGCGAAUUUCUCCUCCUUCUUCCUGCUUUUCAUCAAGGCCUGCCUCAGUCCAUCGCAGCUGCUCUCCAAGUUCCUCUUUCCGCUUGCGGCGGGCGUGGAGGGACUCGAGGGGCGGCGCAUGGCCUCGAGACAGGCUCGAUUCCGACUCACCUGAUAGCCGCAGCUGCGUCUCUGCAUGCGCCACGCUCUGCUGCCUCGUCAAGCCUGUCCGCGUCGCAGAUCUGCAGGGCCUGAGGUUGUCCGCUUCGUCCACCUUCCCGCGAGCGUCCUGGGCAGCCUCGCCUCCCAGCUCUUCACUCGCUGCACGCACGAGAGCGCGACCCGCGAGCUGGACCGAGGGGCGCAAGCUUCACUCGACCUCUUUCUUGCUUGCUCUGUGCCUCUUUUCUCUUCUGCCUCAGUUUUCAGCUGUCUCUCCGCCGCGCACUCUCCCGGCGUCUGUGGCCUCUUCUCGCUCGCUUCUCCUUCCGCCCCGCUCGCGUCCGUCGCCUCGCCUUGGCGGAGACCCGCAGCCCGAUCGGCGUCACUUCCGCAGUCCCGCAUUUCACGCCGUUUUCGCCCCAAACUCCUCGUUCCCGUAUCCGCGUUCGCCUCUCCCUUCGUCGACUUCCCCUGCGGAGCAACGUGCAGCGUCUCCGUCCUCGCUGCCCUCGCUGCUAGCGUCCCCCUACGGAGGCCAGCAGCUACUGUCGUCUCCUCGUGCGUUUCUCUCUUCUGCGUCUUCGCGCGUCAUCCAGAAGCCCACGUCCUCUGCUGCCGCCUUCGCGGUUUCUUCCUCGGGGCGUGUUGCCUCUCUUCUCACGUCAUCUUUUCUCUAUGCUGCCUCGCCGACCUCCGGUUCUGAGCCGAGCGAGACCGCCGGGAAGCUCGUCAAAGUUACGCCGAAAGCCCUUGCGCGCAUCGAAGAGCUGAAGGCGAAGCGAAGGACAGAAAAGAAGGAGGACAGCAUGUUUGUCAUUCGGCUCGGGGUUCGAUCGGGCGGGUGCAGCGGGCUGUCGUACGCUCUUGACGUCAUCGAUGAGGCAAGUGUCUCUCCCACCGACCACCGCGAAGACUUCCAAGAGGCUGGGGGAUUUGCCGUCGUCGUAGACCCGCAGUCCCUUCUCUACGUCAUCGGGACUCAGCUCGACUACGCGGAUGACCUCAUAGGAGGAGGCUUCAGGGUCUCCAACCCGAACGCGAGCCGAAGCUGCGGAUGCGGGAUGUCCUUCGGGGUCCCCAAGAGUUUCCUCCCUGAAGGGGGCAUCGAUAGCAAACCGCAGAGCUGCGCGACGGAUCGGAAAUAG